AUGCCUCCUCCUCGUGGAACGCCAAACAUUCUUGAAGGUCCUGGCGACUAUGACAUGACCAGCGAAGUGCACAAUGACACAUACCCAGCAAUCGAUUCUGCGAAAGCAGACCUCAGCGGGAAAGCCGUCUUCAUCAGCGGUGCGUCGAGGGGUCUCGGAUGUGCGAUGAGCGUAUCCUUCGCCAAGGCUGGCGCGUCCAUGAUUGCCAUAGGCGCCAGAGGUGACCUGUCAACCACAAUCAAGCUCAUGCAGGACGCCGUUGAGAAGCUCGGGAAACCGCCACCAAAGAUCUUGCCGAUUAAGUUUGACAUGUCUGUUAAGCAGAGCGUGGACGAAGCAGCGCGGAAGAUCAGAGACGAGUUUGGCAGGAUCGACAUCGUCAUCGCCAACGCCGCUGUCAUAACUAUGGGCAAGAUCGCAGAGAGCGAUGCGGAUGAUUGGGGUCGAGUGUUCGGCACCAACACCAUAGGCAUUUACCUGCUUUACCGAGCACUCAUCCCUUUGUUGCUAGAGGGUGGGGAUAAGACAUUUAUCACCGUCGCCAGUGUGGGUGCUCACUUGGUGUCGCCUGGAUAUAGUGCGUACCAGACGUCGAAGCUUGUUACGCUCCGACUAGAUGAGUUUGUGUGUGCCGAAUAUGGCGAACAGGGGAUCUUGGCAUAUUGCAUUCAUCCUGGAAACAUUCCAACAGACAUGUCAGGACCUGAUGGGAUACCUGAUUUCUUGAAACAUAUUUUCGUGGAGACUCCUGAGCUCAGUGCAGACUCGCUUGUGUAUCUGACGUCAGAGAAGCGAGAUUGGCUCGCAGGCCGGUAUGUCAAUGUAACAUGGCAUCUUCCGGAGUUGAUGGAAAAGAAAGACGAAAUCAUGUCAGGAGAUAAGCUGAAGGUCAGAUUGGUUAUUUGA